CGCUAACCGGAUGUUACGUAAAACUACAAACAACCUAAGGCUGUUGAAUUGUCUGGGGCAAAGCAGCAUUUUCUUGAAUAACCAUAACUGGAAAACGAUAAUAAAUCAUUACUGGAAACUUAUCAGGCUAUAGAAGAAAACUGGGACGGCUGAAGAGCUAGGUUGGAAAAAGUUUAUACAAAACCAUGGUGGAAUAUUAUCACAUUUUAGGAGUCCUAAGAAAUGCAUCUCAAGAAGACAUAAAAAAAGCGUACAGAAAAUUGGCACUAAAAUGGCAUCCUGACAAAAACCCAGAAAAUAAGGAAGAAGCAGAGAAAAAGUUCAAAGAACUUUCUGAGGCCUAUGAGGUUCUGUCAGAUGCCAACAAGAGGAACAUGUAUGAUCGCUAUGGUAAAGCAGGCCUAACAACAAACAGUGGAGGAGGUGUUGGACAUUACCACAAUGGUGAUCACUUCAACGAAGGGUUCACGUUCCGCAAUCCUGAAGAUGUCUUCAGAGAGUUCUUUGGUGGUCGAGAUCCUUUUGCGGAUUUCUUUGGAGGGGAUCCGUUUGGGGAUGAGUUCUUCGGUGGAGGGAGGAGGCACCACAGGGGAGUGAGUAGGAGUCGAACGGGGGGACCCUUCUUCGGGGGAUUUGGUGGCUUCCCACCGUUUGGUGCAGGCUUCACAGCGUUUGACCCAGGCUUUACCUCUUUCGGACACAUGGGUCACAUGGGCCAUAUGGGUCCUAUGGGCCAUAUGGGUCACAUGGGUCAUCUGGGAGGAGGAGGAGGAGGCCAUGGUGGCUUCACUGCCUUCUCCUCCACCUCUUUUGGCGGCGGGGGUGGAGGUGGAGGAGGCGGGAUGGGCAACUUCCGCUCCGUAUCAACCUCCACGAAAUUCAUCAACGGCAGGAAAAUCACAACAAAAAGAAUUGUGGAGAAUGGACAGGAACGCGUAGAGGUGGAAGAAGACGGACAGUUAAGAUCACUAACCGUCAAUGGGGUAAAGCCUAUUGCCACAGUUCAAGCAGUCCAACAGGAGGAGUGCAGACAAACUGUUACUGCACACUCUUCCAGUGCACAUGCUUCCCGGUCCUCUGUUCCCCGUCCUCCUUGUCAUCACGUAAAGACUUCCCCCCACAGGCCCACUCCAGACAGAGAGGAGGGAAGGAGCCCAGCUUCAGUACACAGUGAAAACAAGAGGAAGAAACCCAUGCCUGAGCCCACAGAGGAUGCCAAAAAGAGAAAAACAUGAUCCAGUACACACAGAUCCUUGUCCUCCUAGUCAGCUACGGAAACAAUAUGUUAUUGAUACACCUCUAACAAUGAAUAUUGUUUUAAAGGACACUUAAAUAUGGGGUCCUCAAAGCGCUUUAGCAA